CCAUUAUAUUUUAAUACUAAAAUGGCGAUAGGCGAAGAAGUAAAAUCCAUCUCUCUAUACAAGCUCUUACCAACGUGGAGUCAUGGCUAUAUGCUUCCCUUUUUAGUUUUUUACGUGUCUUUGUUCUGUGGUUGGGUGUAUUUUUUCGGCAGUUUAAUAGAACACAAUGAAGGGCUGUUGAUAUCAGUGGCAGUAAUUGGGGCUGUAAACCUGAUGACUGCUUUAUUUUGCGUCUGGUCCGUUGAUGUGAGGUGCCUCUUAACUUGUAAGAAGGUUUCAUUACAGACUGCAUCUCAUGUUAAAGUAGUGCCUACCCUAAACAACGGCUCGAAAGAACUUGUUCCCCUCAUACGCAGCAACAAGGGUGACGGCAGCACUUCGUACAGUUUCAUGUUUCAGAAUAUAAAGUAUGUUUACGAGGAAGGUGAGUUCUCUCCGGUACAGUUUCCGGUCGAUUUCGAGGUUGAGUACUACGUCAAGAAUAAAGGGAUUUCAUCCGAAGACAGCAUCAAAACUGCGACUGAGAAAUACGGACUGAAUAAACUUAAAAUUGUGUCUCCUGAAUUUUGGGAGCUCUUUGCCGAAAGGGCCACUGCUCCAUUUUUUGUUUUUCAGGUUUUCUGUGUCGGCCUGUGGUGUUUGGACGAGUACUGGUACUACAGUCUCUUCACUCUUCUCAUGCUGGUACUGUUCGAGUCACUUCUCGUCCAACAGCAAAAGAGGAAUCUUGCAGACAUUCAGAAAAUGGGAUCUGCUCCUUUCAAGAUCCUUACAUAUCGACUAGGCCAUUGGUCCAAAUUAGACUCCGAUAAACUGCUCCCCGGGGACAUUGUGUCUUUUGGGCGGAGUCAAUCUGGUCAACUCUCCCCGUGUGACUUGUUGCUAUUGAAAGGCUCUUGUAUCGUUGAUGAGUCGAUGCUAACUGGUGAAUCAGUCCCGCAAAUGAAAGAGCCAAUAGAUGUUAAUCUUUCUCCCGGAACUACUCUAAAUAUUGCCCGUGACUCCAAACUCCACAUGGUAUCAGGAGGUACUCGAGUCGUCCAACACACUCCGCCCGUUAAAAGUGGGGCGGAGCUUAAGUCUCCAGAUAAUGGCUGUAUCGGAUUUGUAUUACGAACUGGCUUCAAUACGUCUCAGGGUAAGCUUCUAAGGACGAUGCUGUUUGGCGUAAAGAGAGUCACGGCUAAUAACUUAGAGACUUUCAUGUUUAUCCUCUUCCUCCUCGUCUUUGCUAUAGCAGCUUCUGCUUACGUUUGGAUAAAAGGAACAGAGAACCCUGAGAGAAACAGAUACAAGUUAUUCCUAGAGUGUACUUUAAUCCUCACUUCCGUGGUACCUCCUGAACUACCCAUUGAAUUAUCACUGGCUGUUAACACUUCAUUGAUAGCACUCGCCAAAAUUGGCAUUUAUUGUACCGAGCCAUUUCGGAUACCAUUCGGUGGUAAGGUUGACGUAUGUUGCUUCGAUAAGACGGGGACAUUGACCAGUGAUAACCUAGUCGUACAAGGAAUUGCAGGACUAGACAGCUCCAGUACAAAGCUAGAUCUGGUGGAUGCAGCAAAUGCUCCACUGAUGACACAAUGUGUCCUUGGGUCCUGUCAUUCUCUCUCAUUGCUGGAUGGAGAGAUUAUAGGAGACCCACUAGAGAAGGCAGCAAUAUUAUCCAUAGGCUGGAGAUUAUCAAGAAGUGAUUCGGUCAGAGGUUCAAAGUGUUCUCUUAGCAUCAUUCACCGUUUUCAUUUCUCCUCUUCCUUGAAAAGGAUGUCAACCGUUUCUUCAAUGACACUACCCAACAUCACUCACAUCUCUUGUGUUAAAGGGGCACCUGAAGUCAUCAAGACUAUGUUACGUGAAGUUCCUCUCAAUUAUGAUGAUCUUUAUCUUAAGUUAGCAAGAAAAGGUGCUAGAGUGUUAGCGCUAGGUUACCGUGAUCUUGGUCCUCUCUCGCCUCGUGAAGCAAACUCCCUUAAAAGAGAAGACAUAGAGAAGGACCUCACCUUUGCUGGCUUCAUAGCCAUUUCUUGUCCUCUCAAAAGAUAUACAAAAGACUGUGUAGAAGAGCUUCAAAAAUCAUCGCACCAUGUAACAAUGAUCACUGGAGAUAAUCCACUCACUGCCUGUCAUGUAGCUAAAGAGCUUAAGAUUACUAAACUGCCAGUCAUGAUACUCCAGGAGGAAGAAGAGGAGGGGGAAGGGGAGGGAAGGUGGGUGUGGCAGAGUGUGAAAGGUGACGGCAGCGUAGCCUUUGAUCCAAAUAAGGAAGGAAUUAGUAACCUCGUUCAGACUAAUGAAUUAUGUGUGACUGGAAAGGCUAUUGAAUAUUUAAUGUCUUCAGGUGGUCAGAAGUUACUCUAUCAGCUCCUCCCAUCAGUUAAAGUCUUUGCUCGCGUUUCUCCGAAGCAGAAAGAAUUAAUUAUAAACGUGUACAAAGCGUGCGGUUUUUAUACAUUAAUGUGUGGGGAUGGCACUAACGAUGUGGGGGCGUUAAAACAUGCACAUGUUGGUGUUUCACUUUUGUCUACUGUCCGUAUCACACCUCAAAAUGAUGACUCGGCAAAAAAGGACCAGUUGGCUAGACCUUCACUUUCGUCUGUCAGGCAGCGUAAACCUAUAGCUGGGAAGGAAGGAGGAACUCAACAGAAAGCUCUGCCUAGAAAUAAAUUGCUACACGACAUUUUGAUGAAAAGUGAAGAAGGUCUGAAAGAUCCAUCAUUAGUUAGGCUGGGAGACGCUUCCAUAGCUUCUCCUUUCACGUCCAGAGAAACAAACAUUAGAUGCAUAUGCCAUGUUAUAAAGCAGGGUAGAUGCACACUGAUUACAACACUCCAAAUGUUCAAGAUAUUAGCACUCAAUGCGUUAGUAUUAGCUUAUUCUCAGAGUGUCCUUUAUCUGGACGGAAUUAAAUUCUCCGAUCUUCAAGCAACCCUUCAGGGUAUACUGCUGGCAGGAUGCUUCCUGUUUAUAUCAAGAUCUAAACCAUUAGGCACCCUAAGUAAAGAGAGACCACUCACUAAUAUCUUCAACACGUACACCAUAUUGACAGUCAUCCUCCAGUUUGCUAUUCACCUCUCAUGCCUCAUCUAUUUAGUCAAAGAAGCCAAACAGAUCUCACCUCCAAGUGAUGAGGAGUUUGUUGAUUUGGAGAAAGAGUUUGAGAUGGGCAUCACCAACAGUGCAGUUUAUAUAAUAUCAAUGACAAUGCAAGUCGGAAACUUUGCAGUUAAUUAUAAAGGUCAUCCAUUUAUGAUAAGUCUAACAUCAAACAAACCUCUACUCUACAGUCUAAUGGCGACUGCUGGUGUCAUACUCUUACUAGCCUCUGGUCUCUCAACUGAUCUCUGUGAAUGGCUUCAUAUCGUAGAGUUCCCUGUGGAGUUCCAGACGAAGCUUUUUGCCGUAUUGCUGGUUGAUUUCUUUGCUACUCUUUGCAUUGAUAGAUGUCUUUCCUUUAUAUUUGGUACCAGUCACCUCAGAGAACUGAAUAGGAAAUGAAUGAGAGUUGACUCUUAGUUGUUUAAUGAUAAUCAAUAGUUCCUCUUUUUGUUAAUUAUUUCUAUUGGCAUGUACAUGAGUCAUGCACCUAAUCACAGAUUACUCAAUUUAGUCUAUAAUUUUAUUUCUAAUAAAA